AAUCGCCGGUCGUAAUACGUGUUUUCACGCUGUUUUUAACGCUAGCGAACAACUUUCCGUUAGUCAUAGAAAGCGUGAGAAUCAACAACAGUUGACAUUAUGCGGAUUGAACCAGAGGACUCUUUUUGGCCGGAAAAGGCGGCGUUUAGCGAUGCAGAAAGGCAGUACUACGAAACGCUACAUCGGAGUAGGAGAAGUUUGUCUGACCCGGCACCCGCACAUAUCGUUACCGCCCCCACACCCAUCACUGCCGUCCCCAUCACUGCCGCCCCCUUCACUACCGCCCCCGCAAAAAAAGCCAAGAAGAUCAAGGCAAUGGCAGAGAAGGAGACGCCAAACAAAGUGCUCUACAUGAAUCCCCUGACCAUGGAGGCCAACUUCUUUCUCGAGACCCUGAACUCGGUUAACCAGAAAAACAGUCAGCCGCAGCUGGAUCCGUAUCUGGCCAAGAUGUUGGAGCGCAUUAUGAUAGGCAUCGAAAAGUAUAUGGACAGGAACCCCGCCUACAUAUUGCCCCAGGAAGCGGGUGCCGAGGGAGAGGGCGUGGCCUUUGUGCCGCCCAAGGAGUUGCAGACAAUCAAGCGCACAUUCAACUGCACAUCCUGCAGCAACAGAAUCGUGGGCAACACCAUCGUCAAGGCAGUUGCCCACCUGUCGGAGCAGCAUCCCAACCCCAAUCCCAACAACCAGCCAGUGCCGACGCAGACCUUUGCGUCCAAGCAGGAGAAGAAGCGCGCCCAGGUGAAGGCGCGUGAGAAGAUGGUUGUGCAGUUGCCCAAGAAGGCUAAAGCCAUGAUUGUUGGCGAGAUCACGAAUGUGUUUAAGGAUAAAUAUCCUAUCGCGGACAAGCUGAAAGUGAUUCCCGAGUACGACAAAAUAGAACAGGACCUGUGCAAGCUUCUGACACCGGCGUUCCCAAAGCAACAGUUGCGCGUCUACAAGUUUGGCUCCCGCAUAACCGGCAUCGGGUCGCGGUCUUCCGACCUUGACGUCUUCGUGGACAUCGGCAACACCUUUCAUACGUUCGAACACCGUGCUUCGAAUACAACCAUCACCAAGCUGCGGGCAAUUCGAAAGUUCUUCUGCGGCAGCGACGAUUGGCGUAUUAUUAAUGUCAUUGAGCAGGCCCGUGUUCCCAUCAUCAAAACCUGUCAUCUGCCCACAGGCAUCGAGUGUGAUAUUUGCUUGAACAGUUUGGGCUUCUGCAACACAAACCUACUGAAGUAUAUAUUCGAAUCACAGCCACUGACUCAGUACAUGUGCAUUUAUGCUAAGAACUGGCUGGAGCGAUGCAAGUUGACGGAGCAGAUAUCGACGUAUAGCAUCACAUUGAUGGUCAUCUACUUUUUGCAGCUUCAGCGAGUCUUGCCACCCAUUAUGACGCUGCAGGCGGAGCAGUGCCUCCAAGUGGGGCUUGUCGGACCGUGGAUCGUCAACUUUGCACAGAAAUUGCCUAGCGAGCUGGGACUCGAGCAAGUGAAAGUGACUGUGCCCGUGGUCAAGGGCUAUCUUAGGACCUUCUUCUUAUACUAUGCCAAUUUUGACUUCGAGCACUUCUUGGUCUGCCCAUAUUUUGGUAUGCCAGAUAUGGAGAUACAGAAUUUUGAGAAGUUGCUGCCUAACAGAUACACAUCGUACGUGCUAGAAAACCGUGACUGCUUGCUACAACUGCAAAAGCCGAUGGUUGUCCAAGAUCCCAUUCAGCUGAACCACAACGUGACCAAAGCGGUGACCCGUUACGGAUUGCAAACGUUCGUUGACUAUUGCCAGCAGACUGCAGCACUGUUAGAGGAGCCGUCGGCCAAUUGGCGCCAGCGCAGUACAUAAUCCACUGAUCACUCUUAUGAAACGUUCCCCAUCCCUCCAAUCUCAAGGCAGUUUCGUGGCUGGUCUGUAAGAUUUUUACCUUGUGUGCGAGACAACAUACUAGUUUAUUGUGAUCGUAAAUUGAAGACGUUCGGCACGUCUCGACAAUAUAAAACUCAAACGAUAA